AUGCCUCAACUACAAGCAUUCUACUUUGUGAACCAAAUUACAUUUGCACUUGUUGCACUGUUCACAAUUACAUACGUGAUGUCAGUGUAUGUACUACCAUACUUUGUACAACUAUUCGUAACACGAGUAUACAUCACAAAACUCUAG